AACCACCGCCCAAAUUGUUCAGAACCAAGCCCAAGUUCACAAAUCCCCUUUCUCAAGCAACCUCUCUCUCUCUCUCUCUCUGUGUGCGCGAGAGAAAUGGGUCAGACUCCUUCCAGCGGGCCGAAUCGCCCAGGCGACCGCAAACACGACGACGGCAAAAAAAAGGAGAAAAAGUACGAGCCCGCGGCGCCUCCCUCCCGCGUUGGCCGCAAGCAGCGUAAGCAAAAGGGUCCCGAGGCAGCGGCCCGGCUCCCCCCUGUGACUCCUCUAAGCAAGUGCAGGCUCCGACUCCUGAAGCUCGAGCGCAUCAAGGACUAUCUCUUGAUGGAGGAGGAGUUCGUGGCUAACCAGGAGAGGCUCAAGCCCCAGGAGGAGAAGAACGAAGAGGACCGCUCCAAGGUCGACGAUCUCCGCGGCUCCCCCAUGAGUGUGGGCAAUCUGGAGGAGCUGAUUGACGAGAAUCAUGCCAUUGUGUCGUCCUCGGUGGGGCCCGAGUAUUACGUUGGGAUCCUUUCGUUUGUGGACAAGGAUCAGCUGGAGCCCGGAUGCGCCAUUCUUAUGCACAAUAAGGUCCUUUCUGUGGUUGGGCUUCUUCAAGAUGAGGUUGAUCCCAUGGUGUCCGUGAUGAAAGUUGAGAAGGCUCCACUGGAGUCUUAUGCUGACAUAGGCGGGUUGGAUGACCAGAUUCAGGAAAUUAAAGAAGCGGUGGAGCUUCCUCUUACUCAUCCUGAAUUAUACGAAGACAUUGGCAUCAAGCCCCCCAAAGGAGUCAUACUAUAUGGGGAGCCUGGGACUGGGAAAACUUUGCUUGCCAAGGCAGUGGCAAACUCAACCUCAGCAACUUUCUUGCGUGUUGUCGGAAGUGAAUUAAUUCAGAAAUACUUGGGUGAUGGACCUAAAUUAGUCAGGGAACUCUUUCGAGUUGCAGAUGAGCUUUCACCAUCAAUUGUCUUCAUUGAUGAGAUUGAUGCAGUAGGCACAAAAAGGUACGAUGCACAUUCAGGUGGGGAACGUGAGAUUCAGAGGACUAUGUUGGAAUUGCUGAAUCAGUUAGAUGGUUUUGACUCAAGAGGAGAUGUCAAAGUGAUUCUUGCUACAAAUAGAAUAGAGAGUCUUGAUCCAGCCUUGCUGCGUCCUGGUCGAAUUGACCGGAAGAUUGAAUUCCCUCUACCAGAUAUAAAAACGAGGAGGCGUAUUUUCCAGAUACACACGUCGAGAAUGACAUUGGCAGAUGAUGUCAACUUAGAAGAGUUUGUGAUGACUAAAGAUGAAUUUUCUGGGGCCGAUAUAAAAGCAAUUUGUACUGAGGCUGGCUUGCUUGCUUUAAGAGAGCGUCGUAUGAAGGUAACACAUGCAGACUUCAAGAAAGCCAAGGAGAAGGUCAUGUUUAAAAAGAAAGAAGGGGUGCCAGAAGGGCUCUAUAUGUAAAAGGGUAGCUAGUUAUGUCAGGCCGAAAAACAUUGUUUGAUUUCCAAUUAAGUUUGGCUUCAUGAGAGAAGGGCCUUAGAAAUGCUCCAAAAGGCACUGCUAAAUCUGCAGAAUCUGGGUUACGAAAGGGAGUUUUUUAGUACUUGUUCACAGAGGAUUUAUGCCCCACAGUUUCUAACUUUUUUCCAAAGAAGAUGAAGGAUAAAUGGAUUGCUAA